ACAGCCGGAUAGAGGAGAGCUGGUGCGCACACGGGCUCCACUUUUACCUAUCAGUUUUCCGUGUAGGUGUCAGUGCACAUGUUACCUCGUUUUCUUCCUAAAUAGGACCAUGUCGCACUUGGAUGUUAUAUAGAAAAUACCACCUGUGUCUUAAUAACAUAGUUCAGUUUUAAACAGCAUCCAAAGUGCAGCAUACACCAGCAGGAGUGUGCGUGAGUGUGGAGCGAGUGGACCCAGAGAAGUUUCCGUCAUGGGAGCGCAUGGAUGGAUCUCAGCGCGCCUUGUCGUUUGUGGAUACUUGGCAUUUUUCUGCGGGGAAAUGGUUCCACAGGCCGAGGCGGGCUGCAGGGAGAGGGAGAGCCCAAACUGCUGCACCGGCCGGAAUAACGAAUGUUUUGAGUACACCAAGAGAAAAACUGUGUGCUACUGUGAUACCUACUGUCAGAAAACCGGAGACUGCUGCGAGGACUAUCAGCGUGUGUGCCAAAUAUCUGCAGCCAUUGACUGUGUGGUGGGAUCAUGGGGUCCCUGGUCAUCAUGCACAUCUCCAUGUGGUGUUGGCAGCACGGAAAGGAGUCGCCAAGUAUAUGUUCCCCCUAGAAACGGAGGCACGCCCUGUCCAGACCUCAAACAGCGUCGAGGAUGCUUUGGAAACAAUGCUGUAUGCAGCACUGCCAAAGAGGUGGCGAAGAUCCUGCCGGAUUCUUUCAAGAGGAACUUCAAGGACCCAUGGAGACGACCACACAUGGUGAUGAAGGAGGAGAAGGCCAGUUACUGUGUGUACCUGCGGGUGAAACAGGCCAGUGCAGCAUGUAAACUCAAACUGUGGAGCGCUCAGCUGGUCAGAGAGAGGCUGGUCUGUGCAGAGUGUCAGAGUGAUGCUAUGUCAAAGUCAGACCGCUGUGGAGGGGACGGUCUAAAGAACACCAGAACGUUCUGGGCAGCAGCUUCAGUCCCGGGCUGUCAUGGUUCCUGGGUACGAGAGUCAUCGUCUGAGGGCUGCCGCUGUCCUCCCUACUCUGUGCUUUUUGUGUGAGCCGACAUGCAAACCCCUGACAUCCGUAUGCAGGGACAAGAUUUCCCUCAGCACCUCCUGCUAACUGUGGAGAGCCCUGCCAGCCAAGCCAGACCCUUCCGAUCCAGAUUACUGGAUGGGUAACUCAAGGAGAUCAGCAGCAUCCUGCCACUUUUUCCUUUCACCUCAUACUCUGUACUGUAUACACUAUUACUAAGCACACAGAAAUUCUUCCAUUUAACUUCAGAUUAUACAGCCACGUUAUGUACUUUUUCUCCUCCAAAGCACAGCAACAUCUAUAUACCUUUUUACCUCUGAAUCUUUGCUAUCUACCUCCAUCAAUGCAAGUGCAUUUGUUGAUGCAUAAUGUAUAAAUAUAUAAAUAUAUUAUUUUGCUUUAUACAUUUUCUACUUUUGAUUGUUUAUGUGUAAUGUAUAUGUGUCUAUAUAGCUACACUUAUUUGUAUCCAACAGUUUAAACACCAAACAGAAGUUGCUGCACCCAGUUUAAGCCCCAAUCCAAAAGGGUCCUAAAUCACCUGCAGGCUAGAGAUGCUGAAACUGGUUCAUCCAAAUUGUAUCCCUUGCUAGAAUCCUUGAGUCAAUAUAUCUGUAUUUUACAGUUUUGUCCCUAUCAUUAUUUCUUUUCAACAACACAUUUAUACCAGCAAGUCAAGGUGAAUAUCAGGUAUUGAUUCUCAGGUGCUUAGAUUUGUGUCACUGUCUCCCAUCAAGCUUCCUCUUUCAUGUCUGCCUCUUCAUAUGGUAAGUCGCUGAUGUUUUUAGUGGUUUAAAGUGACUCAUAGCUGAGAUCAGUCCCAUCUGUUUAGACCUAAUAUUGUUGGAGAGGAAAAAGAGCCAUUCAAGAGAAUUUCACUGUGGUUUUCUCUGUCCUCUGUGCCCAAGGCGGAAAGGAAUUGCUUCGUAACCAUGUUUUCUCUGACUCCCUGCCUUGCUCAGAAAUCCUAUUAUUUUCACAAGGGAGUUUAUUCCAUCAAGGUAUCAUCCAAUAUAACUAUCACAUAUGGCCAUGUUACUCCCAUUUUAUUGAAGAACAGAAAAUCUCCUCCCAGCGCACCCCACAGCUCCUUGACCUGCACUUCUUUUUCUUCCCUACUCUUGUUGUCUCUACUGACUUGGUGUUUUCUUUCAAAGAAACUGUAGAUACGCAGCGCUACCUUCUUGACUUAAAAAGCAGGAGCCAGUCAACUAGCUCUGUAUGCCUUCCCACAUCUCUUGUACUGCUGAUUUAAGAUGAGGACACGUGUAGUGCCAGUAAAGGGCUUGUCUUUCUGGAAAGCUGUGACUUUCUCUCUCUCUCCCAUGUCUGUGUCUGUGUUUGUGUGUUUAUUUAUUAUAAAACAAGUGAUGAUUUUAUUAGAGCAGCACAGCAUACUCUGUACACUGUCCAUUAGUGAAAAUAAACAACU